UGGGGCAUCGGCUUAACACCCCCACCCUGUUUUGAUUUUUUUGGAAUUUAUUUUUUGAUGCCCGCUGCCCGUCAUUAUAACGCCACACAAAUGAUCGCAAUUAGCGAAGAGCUGCAUAGCGAUAAUAAUGGCUCAACGACAACAACAACAACAAGUAGUAAGGGCAAAAAUAAAACCUUCAAUACAAAUCCCGCCACCACCACAACAACAACAAAUAAUACGGCAAAUGGGACGACACAACAGCCGCAUAAAAUAAAACCCCCUAAUGGUCAUAAUCCCAUUGAGAACACAACCACAACAUCGGCUUCUAACAUGGUCAGUACCACCACAACCUCCUCAAACACCGCCAUAGAUUCCGCCAUUGUUGUGACCACCACCAGCAGUGCCAAUGAUUUGGUGCCCGAAGGUAGCCUCUGGACAGCCCUCUAUGACUAUGAGGCCCAGGGCGAAGAUGAGCUUAGCCUGGAAAGGGGUCAAGUGGUCUUGGUGUUAUCCAUGGAUCCCAAUGUAUCCGGUGAUGAGGGUUGGUGGAUUGGUAAAAUUGGCGAUAAGGUUGGCAUCUUCCCCAGUAACUUUGUCACAAAUCACGAUCCCAUGAUGAUAAAUGUGCCUUCGGCCAUUGGUGAUAUCCAGCCGCAUGAAAUUGAAUAUGAGGAGUUGUACGUCGAAGAGGUAAUUGGUGUGGGCGGUUUCUGCAAGGUCCAUCGUGGCUAUUAUCGCAAUGAGGAAGUGGCCAUAAAGGCCGCACGACAAACGGCCGACGAAGAUAUGCAAUCGAUGCGUGACAGUGUCCUACAGGAGGCGAAACUUUUUUGGGCUCUCAAACAUGAAAACAUCGUGGCGUUAAGGGGGGUAUGCCUCAAACCUCCCAAAUUAUGUCUAGUCAUGGAAUAUGCCCGUGGUGGUAGUUUAAAUCGUGUCCUGGCUGGUAGGAAAAUACCACCGGAUGUCCUGGUCAAUUGGGCCAUACAGAUAGCCCGCGGCAUGAAUUAUUUACACAACGAGGCGCCCAUAUCGGUGAUACACCGAGAUUUGAAAAGUUCCAAUGUUUUAAUCUUUGAAGCAAUCGAAGGCGAUAAUCUACACAAAAAGACUUUGAAAAUUACGGACUUUGGUUUGGCCCGGGAGCUGUACAAUACAACGCGUAUGUCGGCGGCUGGCACCUAUGCCUGGAUGCCGCCGGAGGUUAUUAGUCGUGGCACUUAUUCCAAGUCCUCCGAUGUUUGGAGUUAUGGUGUCCUACUGUGGGAACUGAUUACCGGCGAAACACCCUACAAAGGUUUCGAUUCAUUGUCGGUGGCCUAUGGUGUUGCUGUUAAUACCCUAACAUUGCCCAUACCAAAAACAUGUCCCGAAGCCUGGGGUAAACUCAUGAAAAGCUGCUGGGAGGGUGAUCCACAUAAUCGCCCCGGGUUUAAGGAUAUACUCAUGAAACUGGAGGACAUUGCACGCAGUGGUUUCACCUCAACGCCUCAAGAAUCCUUUCACACCAUGCAGGAUGGUUGGAAAAAGGAAAUUGCUGAAGUUCUGCAUGAAUUGCGUUUGAAAGAAAAACGCUUUCAAAAUAUCGAAGAGGAAUUGCGCAACAAAGAGGAACAACUUCGCCUCAUCCAAAUGCAACAACACGAACAGGCGAACAAUUUGAAAAUCUUCGAACAACAAUUGCGUGCCCGUGAGCUGGAACUAAUGGGACGUGAAUUGAUAAUUUUGCAGACAAUACCGAAACCGAAUAAACGACGCAACAAAAUAAAAUUCAAACCGAAAAAAGAUCCGGUACAAAUAUCAUUGCCGACCGGAUUUCAGCAUAAGAUAACAACGAUCCGGGAUCAAAGUUGUGGGGUGCCGACGCCGCCCGGUUCACCGGCAAUAUCGGGUUUACGAAUAGUGGCACUGAGUCCUGACGGUUUUAAGGGUAAAACCUGGGGCCCGUCCACUGUCCAUCAACGUGAACGAACACAUUUAAGUACCACACUGCAGGCCACCGAAUGGCAGCAGGCCAACGUCAGUAGUCACUCUUCGGCAAUAAGUAAGAGUGCACCGAAUCUUGAUAAGAAAACCCAACGACAGCAAAGGGAAAUGAUGGCAGCUGCAUUGGCGGCUGCCUCUUCCACGCCAUCAUCACCCACCAGCAAUUUAAAUGGUUUCCAUAGUCCUGUUGUCAGUACAACACCGCAAGGUAUUCGACUAGCUGGUAGCCUUGUUGUUGCAUCACCAACAACAUCCUGUUGUUCUACUUCUUCUCCACUUUCUACUCCUCAUCCUCCAACAUCAUCAUCCUCAUCAAUGUCAGCUACUGGCAACAACAUUCAUCCGGCUUUUAUGACAUUAAUCUGUAAUAACAACAACAACAGCAGUCAUAAUAUUCAUCUUUGUUCCACAAAUUCCUCACACUCCAGUUCGAGUACCCUAACUUCGGGUCUGAGUGGUGGUAAAAAAUCGAAGAAACAUGUUCUAACCAAAUCACAUGACCGAGGUCUAGACUCCUUGCAGAUGGGCCCCUCGGGUGCUGCCACCAAACCACCCAUCCCCCUUAGCUUUCCAUUACCCCUCAACGAUUUCGAUGCGGAUAAGGAAACACCCACACCCACUGUGGUGGGUUGCUUUAAAUUUCGCCGCAAUCCCCCGCCUCCACCUUUGCAGGAUAAAAGUCCCACCAUAUACGAUUUAAAAAAACAUUUAAAAAAUGAUAUACCAAAACAGUCCGCCAGUUUGGGUAAUAGUCCGGCAAUAGGUCGGAAGAAAUUAUCCCUUGACAGUAGACUUUCCCCGCUGGCCAGGAGACAUCAGCUGUCAUAUAUUUCGCCAGAUAUUUCACCGCUAAUCGGUGAGAAUCCCUUACUCAAAUCAUGUUCCCAGCAGGGCUCCUCCUCGCUGCUGCUCAAUUCCAAUGGCCCCGAUAACCCCACCUAUGAUAGGUUAUUCUAUCGUUCGGUGCAAAAAUCCCUGGAUGAGAUAUUUUCCAAUCAGCAGCAGCAAUUGCGCCACCCCCACAAUUCUUCAUCUGCCAGCCAGGCAGGAGUUGGUGGUGAACUGAGUUCGGCCAAUAGUAGCUUCCAUAGUGCCAGUUUUUGGCAUAAACCUCCCCAAGCCAACAGUUCCAAGUCCAGUGUUAAUUUAACCAUGUAUUCCUCAACCUCUCAACUGGCUGACGAUUUUUCCCACGACGACGACGAUGAAGAUGGAGAGGAGGAUGAGGGUGGUGACUCGGAAUCGCCCUAUUAUAGAUUUCAAAGAAACGGUUCUGGGUCCCAGUUUCCCAGGCAUUGUUUUUUCCGUAAACCCCCCUCGGAUGGCCAAGAGAGGGCAAUGGUGGCAGCAUAUCACUCCACCGAGGAUCGUUUCAAUUCCCUGAAUUCCCUUGAAACAUCAUCCCACGAUAAUUCCAUAAAUUCCCAUCCGACUUCGCGGAAAUCCUCCAUGGUUACAUUUCAUUUGAAUCACAGCAAUUCCAAUUCCAAUAGUUCCCAACACAAUUCCUCACAAUUGAGUUUCUUUGAUGAGGCCGGCGACAGUGGUGGUGGUGGAGGAGGAGGAAUUUCCUAUGCCAGCACCGAUACCAAUUCCUCCUCCACCACCCUUCCGCCGCCGCCGCAUAUCAACUCCGAUCAAUUCUCCACACUCUUUACAAAUGAUAAUUCAAUAUUUGCCACGCGUAAACUGCAGGAUGUUCAACCCGAUCCGGAGGUAAUCAAAAUGAAAGAACAACUGCUGCGAGAACAGGCUAAACAGCAACAACAACAGGCCCUCAAGCAGGCCAAAGAGAAGAUGAAAAAAUCCAAAGGGAAACAGCAGCAGCAGACUUCAUCCUCCUCCCCCUAUAUUAACUCUUUGGAAAGUGAUGGUGGUGGCCAACAGCAUUCCUCCAGUUACAAUUCCAAAGACGAUUGGUGUUCACCAAUACACACCUUACCCGGCGGUGGUCCAAAUCUUCCCAUUAUGUCUCCAAAUCCUUACUUGCUAAGUCGUUUCACUUCCAACAUACCCAUGCCAACGUUAUAUGCCGGUGAUGCCAUACGUAAACCCAAAUUAUCGGUAAUCGAGGUGUUACUCUACAAUAUGGCAGCAUUAUUGGCCGGAGUGGCGGCAGGUUAUGAUGUACGCAUGUCAAAUGUAUCACCAUUUCAUCCAACGUUAUUGAGUGAUGUACCCGCACUAAAAGCGGCACCCAUUGAAAUGGAACUACCCAAAGUUACCAACACAGACGAUAGGCGUUUUGCUGCCAAUACCUACCACGGUACAGGAAAUCGUCAAAGAACCGCAAUUAGCUCUUUAACCUAUGAACCUGCGGAUAUACCUGGAUCUCCCCGACGAGCCAUUGCUGCCGAUUCCCCCUUGGCGCAGCAUAAACAAAAACAAGGCUAUAAUAUAACCGAUUCCCCCACGCCUUAUCAAAAAUAUCAACCCAGUUUGGGAUUGGCCACGGCAACACCUCCACCUCUGCACCCAGCGCAACAUCAUCAACACCCUUUACACCAUGGCAAAAGUGUGACCCAACCACCAACACCACAACAUUAUGCCGCCGGCGGACAACAGCAACAACACCAAAUACGCAAAAUGCCCUCAACCAUAUCGACAACAACCACAAGUGGUUUGGGUUCCAACUUCACCAACAAUACCACCUCGGGUAUAUUGUCUUCUUCGUUGGGUAGCAGUCAUACCCAACCGCCGACACCUUCGCCGCGUCGUAAAGUGAGUACCUCUUCGUUUACGGAAAAUUUGGAAUAUUCCCAGCAAGAGGAUAAUUUACCGGUCGGCAAGGCAUUUCGAGAUUUUCGUUUGGGCGGCCAGGUGGGUAUGCCAGGCAUGCCGGUUGUGGGUGGCCCCGCGGGAGCCAAUGUUGUCACGGCCGCCAAUCAGUCGAUGUUUACACACAAGGAUUUCCUGAGAAAUGGUCCAAGUUUUUCCAAUGAUGGUGGGGCCUAUGGGGCUGGGGCCCAUCGAGCCGGUUAUUUGGGUUCCAAUUAUUUCCCCUAUCGCCCGGAACAUCAGCUAACCUAUGAACGUGAUUGUAAAUCCUAUCCCGACUAUUCGUAUGACUAUAAUCAUCGUUUGCCCAACUAUUAUGAUUACAAUUAUGAACCGCAGCCGCCACCACCGCCAGCUCCGCAGCAGCAUCAUGCCUCUCCGCCGGUGGUACGGACCCCUCCACCCCGUGUACCUCAAAUGGGUGUAAGUGCCGCCGGGCAUCGGCGUACCCCCUCAACAAUUUCGAAUAAUUCCAAUUACAAUCAGGGCUAUAGCAUAGACUAUGAGGAGCCUGUUUUCGAUUAUAACAAUAUGGCGCUGCCCUAUGCGGAAUAUGGACCCUAUCGCGAUCCGGCAAUGCCGCCCACAGGCUCGGUGCCGCCUCCAACAAAACAAGAGCUGUAUAAAAAUUCACCCAAACCUGCAAAUCGCCAUUAUAUGGGACAAACGCCACGAAGUGAUUUGGCCUCACUGAAUCGGAUGCGGGAUUAUGAGAAUCUACCCUAUAAUAGUAGUAGUCCUCUGCAUAAACCGUUAUAUCAAUAUCGUGAUAGUGGUGGCGGUGGUGGAGCCAGCUCCUCGUUGCACCACACGCCACAGCGUGUCAUUUACAGCAGAUCCCGAUCGACGCCCAUGUCACCCAUAAACAUGAAAACCUCACCACCCUCACCGGCGCCUAGUGCAGCGGCCCAAGCCAAAACGAGCAUGCAUCAUCACGAAUCGGCACCACGUCUCAUACCCGAACGGCCCGAUAGUCUGCCCUUCGAUGGCAGCAGUUUGGCAUUUGUCAGCUCGGCCCAGGGUGCGGGUGGUGGCGGUACAAAAUUACGUUCCUCAUUGAAAAAGUACAAUAAUUACAAGACACCCAAUGGUGCACCUCUGAAUGGUGGUGGAUCAAGCAAUAAUGCGGGGGGUGGUGGUGGUGGUACAGCUGGUAGUACGCCCACAAAUCCCACACCGCCCGAUUCGCUAACCAGUGACGACAGUUCAUAUUUAAGUGCCAAAGAGGGAUCAAUAUCCUCACAUAGUCGGGUACGAUUUAGUCCGGAUGCCUAUGCGGAUGCUAGUCCAGGUGCCACAAGUAAUAAAACCAUGGCUCUCUACACCCGAAGAUUGUCGCGACGUAAUACCGCUGAUAUUUCGGGUUCAUCGACAUCGCCCUCGUCCUAG